AUGAAGCGCUCAGAAAAGCUCCGUGAAAAAUGCGAAAAAGUCUCACACGGAGUUCUUAUGGAAAAAGAUCCAGCGAAUGAUGGCAAAGGGCGCACCAUCAGAGAGAUACUCGAAGCAGAAGCGAAGGCACUCGGAGCCGUUCCAGAGGAUAUUAUUCCAGACUCGUGUAUCACCAUUUUCUACCACAUUUCAUUCUUUCUUGAGAGCGAUUUUGAUGAAAAGAAACCCUUUGAUACUACUUUCACAUCUAGUCCUUCGAAAUAUCGAGUCGGCAAACAAGAACUCCCAGGCCUCGUUUCCUGUCUUCUUCAAUUAUCCCUCGGCGACUCUUGCUACGCAAUCAUUUCUCCUGAAAAAGCGUUUGGAAAGAUCGGCGUUCCUCCGAAAGUCCCGCCAAACUCAGAGCUUUUCUUUCAGCUUGAAAUUAUAAACAUCGAAUCUAACUUCAUUCCACGCUUCUUGGCUCAUCCGCCAGGCAUGACUAAGUGCAUCAGUCGCGAAUACGUCUUCCAAGAAGUUGUUGAAUUUGCGGAACGAGCCAAAGCGACAAAAAACCUGCCAAACCUACAGAAAUCAGUGACCGUCAUCUCCGAGCUUGAGUCUUCUCCCGAUCGAGACCGAGAGCUUAUGAUGAACAUCCAACGAGUAAUUAUCUUCGGCAAGAAAAAGCUUCCAAAUCAACAGCUGAUCAAGCACGCGAAAAACGCACUUGCCCUCAACCUACCCUUAGACAAUCAUUCCAUCGUAAACAUCUCCCUAAAGAUUCGAUAUCACUUGAUGGACCUGUACACUUGGAAACACUUCGAUGACUUCAACAAAGCGCGAGAUGUUUAUCAAGAGUUUGAACAAAGAUGCGAAGACCAGGAUUUUAACUGCAUGAUAAAAUUGAGUACAAAAGAAGAUCUGGAGAAGAUGAAGAGGCUCGUUGAGAAGCGAUACGAGAAGUACACGAGUGGCAAUUAUUUCUUUGCCGGAAAAUGA